AUGAGGUUCUGCUCGAGCCAGAAGAAAGACCAAGCAGGGAAGUGUGGGGGUGUUCUGCCCAGGUACAGCCAGAUCCUCUCCCACAGCUGGGAGGGGCCAAGGGCGGGAGACACCAGCUGGUCUGGUCUGGAAGGGACGUCACCUGACUCACAACUCAGUCUGGUCCUGCACACACCCCCUCCACUAUCCCAGAGAAGCUGAUCCCACACUCAGCAUUGGAUAAACACUUACUCUCUUGUUUUUCUUCCCAGAGUUGCCAACCACAUCAUGUCUGUGAGCAAUGGGAAGAUGGAGUUAUCUCUGGUCCAUGAGAUCCUCAGCCACCUGGGCCUGGCCAAUAAGACUGCAGCUUGGGGAACCUUGGGGACUCUCAGGCCCUUUUUGAGCUUCAAUGUGGACAAGGAUGUACAACGACUGCUGGAAGCUAUUGCAGGCCAAGGUGUGGACCAGGGCACCAUAGUGGAUGUGCUGACUAACCGGAAUGGUGAACAAAGGCAACUUAUUGCCCGAGCCUUCCAGGAGCGUACCCAACAGGAUUUGCUGAAAUCCCUGCAGGCAGCUCUUUCCGGAAGCUUGGAAAAAGUUGUGGUGGCACUGCUGAAGUCUACAGCCCAGUAUGAUGCCCAUGAACUCAGGGCAGCACUGAAGGAUAUAAGUUCUGCUGAAGAUGUUGGAGUGGAAAUUCUUUCUACACGUUCCCCACCUCAGCUAAAGGAAUGUCUGACUGUCUACAAACAUGAUUUUCAGGUGGAGAUUGAAGAUGAUAUAAAAUCAGAGACAAGUGGCCUCCUGAGGGACUUGCUGCUAGCAUUGGCUAAGGGCACUCGGGAGACCUAUUCUGGGAUAAAGGAUUACAACCUCGCAGAGCAGGAUGCACAUGCAUUACAAGAAGCUGGAGAAACAGGCACAGAGGCAACUUGGAUCAUGAUUUUUACCCAAAGAAAUACUGAACACCUCAACCGAGUGUUUGAUGAGUACCAGAGACAGAGUGGACAGGAGAUAGAAGAGGGCAUCCGGAAUUGUUUUCCUGGAAGUGCCCAGAAAGCUCUUCUCACCUUAGCCUCUGUGAUCAGGAACACACCACUGUACUUUGCUGAAAAACUCCACCUGGCUCUCCAGGGAACUGAGCCAAAUCACCAAGUCUUGAUGCGUAUCCUCAUCUCUCGAAGUGAGACUGACCUCCUAAGCAUACGAGCAGAAUUCAAGAAGAAAUUUGGAAAGUCUCUCUAUUCAUCUCUCCAGGAGGCCAUGAGAGGGGACUCCCGGUCAGCUUUACUAGCCCUAUGCCGGGCUGAAGACAUUUGACACCCAAUCCCCAGAAUCUUGUGUCUACAACUCCCAUCUACCCCUUCUGUCAUUUCCGUGGAUUAGAGACUUGCAAGCCUGGCUGAGCCCUCUAGAGGUCAUCUUGUUUAUUCCUUUGCCUUAAAACCAAACAGGAAUCUCUCAUAUGCCUGUUUCAUCUAUAAAUCUCUGCUAGGACCCUACUAAAAAAUUCCCUGUAUCUUAUACCCCAAGGUUAAAGUUAAUCUGCCUUCUUGCUUCUUCUAGCUCUGCCCUGGCUAUUCCAGUCUUUACAAAGUACAUAUAUUCAGUGAAGAGUCUCACAAGUGCUUAAACUCUACAGGCAAAUUUAUGGUUUGUGCUCCCUUGGGUGGAGAACUUGGAGCUGGAGAGGCUUUGAUCUGCACUUCAAAACACAAACAGGAACUGUUUCUAGAUCCACCUCUACUACAGGCCUUCCUCUCUACUCCCCACCAACCCCCACCCCAACUCACCCUUCCUUUGGGAAGAAAAACAAUGAUUCAGAUCAAAAAUGAAGAAAAUAGCUAACAGGGCAGAAGACAGACAUUCAGAGGUAACAAGAGAGGGAAACAUUUUCUAGGUGAGGUGGGGUAGAGGGAAUGGAACUAGGAUGCCUUUUAGAGUUUCUGUGACCAACAUGGAACCUGACCCAAAUCUCAUGCAUCAAUGCUGAUUUCAAGUGAUGAUUUAGAAUUAAAGCACUAUGUAAGUAGGACCUACAAUGAAAAAACAAGAGUAACAAAAUGGAAUUGAAGCUCCUUCUGUUGGCCCUAGGACAAUCCAUCCUCCAAAUUUCUCACCCUU